CUGUGUGCUCAGUGACGCUCUGGUGGACACUGAUGGCGUGCACUGAAGCAACUGGUGCUUAAGACGCGUUCGCAUCGACAACAAGCAAACAACGAGCGACAUCGCGCUGACGCGGACGCUAGAGGAUUAACGCGAGUUUGAACGCGUCGUUUGGAGGUUUCCAGAGGAACUGGAGGAAUAUAUGAAGCGCAUCCUGAAGUUUUCGUGAGGAGGAAGACGGUCAGUUGGCAUGUUGGAUUGUGUGUGCAUGCUGUCUGCUGUACAACAUCAUAAUUUUCAUCCCACCUGCAUGCUACUUCUGUGUGCCAACCAUUAAUGCCAUCAUGGGUGAACACUGUGAUGCCACUAACCCUCCCACUCUCUCCUCCAAGAAGCGCAGCAGCAGCAAGCGUGAUUCCGUUUCCGAUCCGUGGCGGGACGUGGAGCGUCUCCGCGCGGCGUUAAAGGUGGAGCGCAGCCGCAACCAGCAGGCUCACCGGCGCUUCUCUCUGGAGCUGCGGAGGCAACGUGAGGAGGCGCGAGAGGAGCGGGAGCGAGCGUUGAGGGAGCUGACCUACCGACACGAGCAGCAGAAGACGCUGGAGCUGCUGAGGCAGCGGGAAGCUCUGGGCCGGGAGCGUGCGGCGGAGGUCCGGCGUUUGUUGAGCUGGCGGAGUCAGGAGUUGAAACGUAGCGAGAACUUGACGCUCAGGCAAACCCAAGAAGUGCAUCGUCAGCUAGCAGAUGAGAUCGCUGGUAGAUCGGCGUUUCAAGGUCUCAAACUUGGAUGUAAGGGCAACGGGGCGGCGUAUCGCAAACUCCAGGAACUCUUGAAGACUCUGCAUGCUCAGGCAGAUGGACAGCAGGUCGCUGUCCUUCAGCUUCUCCAACAGGAAGUGGAAUUAGAGAAGAGCUACUUCCUGUGCCACCUGCUGGAAGCCCACAGCGGGACGUCCCGCGUUGUGAAACGAUCCAGGCAGAGGUCGAAGAGUUGCGUGCAUUUGCUCCUGCAAGGCCAAAACCACCCGGAAUCCUGUAAGGAAAGAAAACCCACUCUAUUCCGCUCUCAUUCGCUAUCCCAGACAUCCCGAAGUGAAUCUCCUCAACCUAUGAAGAAGAAAAAGAAGCAGAACUGCGAAACGUCUCCUCUCAGCUCAUCUCCAACCGAGGAAGAGGAUUUAUCUGAGCCGUGUUCAUCUGAUGAAGGAUUGGAGAAGUGCUCACCAUCCAGAUGUUCAGAAGACAAUAUGGAUGAUCUGCGGCUCGUUUAACCCCUCAUCAGUCCGGACUGUGCUGCUGGAACUCCCACAAUGCAUUAGUAUUCUGUAAACAUUGCUCAC